AUGUGUGACCCCUAUGUCGUUUCCCGUGUUAGGUCGGAAAAAGUUAUAACGUAUACCACGCCUCAAGGAAAAGAAGUUCGGGUUACCCGAGAAGUUUAUUUACGUGAUAAUAUUCCUUGUCGUACCAAACUCUGUUCUAAUUUAGAAUGCCGUCAAGGCUACGCCCUUCCAUCGAAACUCGACAAGAUUGUGAUAGUGGAUGGAUUUUAUGCCUUGUCAUACUGGGAAAUUUUUGAGUCAACGGAAAUUUGUGGCAUUGUCGUGACUUUAUCGUCAUUGAAUUACGAGUUUAUUUGUCUCAGUAUUUUAAGAACAUUAAGUUACACAAUACUCGUAUCUUAUCAGGCUCAACAACAGUCACCUUCGAAAGCAGUAUACAACCGAAUUAGGUCUUGCAUUUUGGACCCAGCACAAUGUUGCAUCCUCUUUGACAACGAGUUCCAUAUUGAGUGCUUUCAACAGGCCCGUCCAGGUGAAUCUGCGCUAGAUUACACCACACGUCUCAAUUGGAUUUCUGCUCAAUGGUAUCUUAAUCACUUAAAGGGAAUGGUUAAUGUUAUUCUUCUUACUGAAAAUAAGUCGACUGCACUUGAAGCUGCCCGAAGAACACCAUCGACGCUGAAAUCGAUGGAUGGCGUUUUGGUAAUGAAUCUCGCCACUUACCUUCAAAUGUAUCAUCCGAAUCUCACAACUGUCCGACAGCUAUACGAUUCUCUCAGCGCCUCACUCAAAUCAAGUCAACAGGGGUCUGGUGUUCCCAUUUCUUCCGUACACGAUGAUACAGCUGUGACUAAUCUGCCUCAAAAGCCUGCUGCAGGGGAUGUCUAUCCUUCGCAUUUACCAGAGGCAGCUCUUCUUGCUGGGUUGCGAUCUGGACAGUUCCUCCAAGGUGUCUUGCGUGUUUCACUCUUCCGCAGCACAACUGAAGCUAUUGUAGCUCUUACAGAUUCAAGCGCGUUGAAACAUCAAGCUGAAAUCCAGGACACAGAGUUUGCCUCCCGUUCAGAAAUUGCAAUAAACGGUAUGAUGCACAGAAAUCGCGCGAUCGAUGGAGACAUUGUCGUGGUGCGGUUGCUGCCUAAACAGUUAUGGAUGACUGUUUCAAGUAACUUGGCUCCUUCAGAAGCAGGUGAAGCUGGGGUAGUUGAUGAGACGGGUGAGGCAGAGUCCAUGGGCGCCGCGCAGACAUCGCCAUUGUCCACGCAUUCUUCUGGUCUGCCCUGUGGUUUCGUGGUAGGCGUCCUCAAGCGAAAUUGGCGCGACUAUGUGUGCACGGUUGUGCCGCGUGAGGGAGACCAAAACAAGCUAUCUGGCGGUCCUGGGUGGAUCAUCGCCACGCCUUGGGACAGGCGUAUUCCCAGAGUUCGUGUCUUCACUUCGGAACCAAGCAAAUUACAUGGGAUCAGGUUUGUAGUUCGUAUGGACCGUUGGGAGACUAGUUCAAACUACCCGAACGGUCACUUUGUUGAGUCACUUGGCCCCAUUGGUGACCUUGAGACGGAGACUCAGACUAUCCUCGUGGAACAUGGGCUUGCCUACCGGCCUUUCACUGACGUGCAGCUGGACGAAAUAAAGCAUCUAGCGUCGGCUAAAGGCGCGUGGCGUGUCGAUCCCCUUGAGGUCUCCCGACGUCGCGAUCUUCGAUCCCCCGCGGUGUCGGGGAACCCCCAGUCAGAGGGCACCUUGGUUUUCUCGAUUGACCCCUCUGGUUGCCAGGACGUUGACGACACCUUGUCGGUUCGGUGGUUGGGAAGGGAAGGUGACGAGAAGCGACGAAUUCAGUUGGGAGUUCACAUUGCCGAUGUAACACACUUUGUCGAAGCCAAUGGCAAUUUGGACGCAGAAGCUAGGCGACGGUCGACGUCAGUUUAUCUAGCUGAUCGUCGCUACGACAUGUUACCUGGGUUGCUAAGUGGAGACAUUUGUUCUCUUUGGAGUGGUGUUGAUCGUUACGCUGUAAGCGUUAUCUGGGAGCUAGAUCCGGACAAUUUGGAGGUUCUGGACGUGUGGUACGGACGCACGGUAAUCCGCUCCUCCUACAAGAUGACUUACGAGGCCGCACAGACUAUCGCGGACGUGAAGGACGUAGGCACAGGGGUUACUCCGGAUGCUGAGAAAAUUCUUACUGGCCUGGGAGGCGAAAAGGCGGUUGGUGAACUCGUUCCUGAGUUGUCUAACGUACAGAGGGACCAACUUCUUGCCCGACUGGCGGAGCUCCACACAGCCAUCACGAUGCUCGUGGACAUCGCCUCGCGCAUCCGCUUUCUCCGACUCGACCGCGGAGGUCUAGAACUCGACUCCGUGGAGGUGUCGGUGCGCUUCGAGAACCCCGAGCAGCGAACCGGCGCGCUGGAGGAUAUCGUGCCGAAAGAGCAUCUUGAGAUGCACUCGACAGUUGCGGAACUGAUGAUUUUCGCGAACCACUGGGUCGCCAGACACUGUCUCAAGGCGUUUCCCGACCGCUCCUGUCUCCGUCGACAUCCGGCGCCUCGACCUGAGUUCUUCGAGGACCUCAAGCGCUGUGCGGCCUCACGGGGUUUUCAGCUGCAAGUCGAUUCUAACAAGUCCUUGUCGGCUUCACUGGCCAAAUGCGUGGAUAGCAAUGACCCCGAGGUAAACAAUUUGCUGAGGCAAUUGGCGACACGAGCAAUGACCAAUGCACUCUACUUUUCAACGGGCUCAGAGGACCUGACUCGGGAUCUCUUCGGGCACUACGGGCUUGCGCUUAAUUUGUACACACACUUCACGUCCCCCAUCCGGCGAUACGCUGACAUCAUUGUUCAUCGGGUGCUGAUGGCGGCAAUUGAGAAGACGACGACGUCGUCGUCUGCGGCGUCGGACUGCCUGUACGAGCACGAAGAACUCUCGGCCAUUUGUCGGCACAUGAACGAGCGUCACUGGGCAGCUCAGCAGGCUCAGCGCAGCUCCAUCGAGCUCUUCCAGGCCCUCUUCUUCCGUGACAAGCCCGCUGACGACGUCUGCCGAUAUACCGACGCCGUCAUCUGCCAACUAAGGGGUUCCAAUGGAUUCUCCGUUGUGAUUCCAAGAUACGGAAUCCGGGGUAACGUGUGCCUCAAACAACCCGAUGGACGAAUCGCGUGGGUUUCGGAUGCACAGAAGGGAACGGUUACCUGGCUGCCUCCAGACGCCACCUGUGAGGCAGACGGCACCGAGUCUCGCCAGACCUACCAGGUCUUCGAUCACGUAACUGUUCACAUCACUGUUGCCGAGUCCACUGCGCACAGUCUGGGCCUGCGUCUGGAAUUGCACGCGAGGGCGACCACGAAGGCUCCACGUAACCCCCAAACCGACCAGAGAAGUAAAGGGGACGAACUCAAAUUGCGAUCGGACGCAGAAAUGAUUGAGAGCGUGAAGGCCAUGAACGCGGAUAGGAAGAGAAAGCUGAGGCAGACUGCUGCUGGUGGUGGUGGCGGUAAGGCGGGAGAAGACGAGGACCCGGGGCAAACGAUCCUCGCAAAGUGCGGCAACUUCGACGAGGAAUACCCCGACGAGAAGGCGAUAAACGAGCUGGAUGCGGUCAUUGCCAACCUGCACACGCCCUCGUCGUUUUACCACAUGUUUCGAAAAGUUAUUAGUCGCGAUGACGAAGGUCAAUAA